AUGACUCUAGAAGUUCUUACAUUAUCCGACAUUCCAACAGUGUCGUCUCUCUACCGGGAUUUUGCCCUCGAAGAGAGGACUACUGAGCGGACCCCAGUGCAAUCUUUCAACGACAUCGUCUCAACCGUCCGCGUUGACAUCACCAGGCUUGAGGUUGACUGCAUCGUGAACGCCGCCAAUACCUCACUGCUCGGCGGUGGCGGCGUAGAUGGUGCUAUCCACAGCGCUGCUGGCCGCCAGCUUACCAGGGAAUGUGCUACCUUGGAUGGAUGUGAUGUUGGUGAUGCGAAGAUCACUUCUGCGUACAGACUGCCUUGCGAAAAAGUCGUACACACUGUUGGUCCAAUCUACCAAAAAGAGUUCAACAAGCAUCCCCGGCGCCCCGAGAUGCUACUUCGCUCUUGCUACCGCCGCAGUCUUGAGCUUGCAGUCGAGAAUGAUCUGAAGUCCAUCGCGUUCGCGGCCAUCAGUACCGGUAUCUAUGGCUAUCCCAGCAAACGAGCUGCGUUUGCUGCUGCUGAUGAGGUGCGGAAGUUCCUGGAGCAGCCAGGGAACAAGGACAAGCUGAAACGAGUGAUCUUCUGCAACUACGAGAGGAAGGAUGAGAUUGCUUAUGAGAUGGUGCUUCCUAAAAUCUUCCCACCCACGAAAAAGGACUUGGCUUCAGAGGAAGAGUCGGCCACCGAGACAGAAAUGGCCCCCAAGGGAGCUAUGGCUCCCGUGGACGACGUGACCUCCAAAGACGAGGGCGCUCCCAAAAACGACGCGGCCCCCAAUGAAGACGAGUCUCGAAAAGACGACGAGGCCCCCAUGGAUGAACCAGCCACCACGAAUGGCCUGUCUCUCAAGGAAGACUCGGGACCCAAACAAGACUCGGAAGCUAUGGAAGACGUGACGUCCAAUGUCAACAUGGCUCCCACAAGCGACGUGGCCCCUGAGGAGGAACCAAUCCCGAUGGAAGAGCCGUCUCACAAGGAGGCUUUGAGUCCCAAGGAAGACUUGAAGUCGAUAGAAGAUGUGGCUUACAAGCACGAAGUGGCCUCCAAGGAAGACUUGGAUUCCAUAGCUAGCGCUCCAUGA